AUGAGAGCCGUGCUGUCUCACGUCUGGCGUCGUGCACAUCUGCUCACAUCUUCCAGGGUCGUGCGGUCCAGACACUGGCGUGCAGGAAGAAGUUGUGGAGGUUCUUGCAAAGGGCGAGUUGGGACUCCGCACUCACAUGGGAUCUUCUGCUCUCACCUUUCAAACAGUUUCAGCUGUAAGAAAUCGGCCUGGCUGCUCGGCUGGGCCCAGGGGGCGGGGGGCACAGCCCCGGGAGCCCGCUCCGACUCCAUCGCGGACGACUGCCAGCUGACGCCAGUCAUCCACGUGCUGCAGUACCCGGGCUGCGUGCCCAAGCCCAUCCCCUCCUUCGCCUGCAACGGCCGCUGCGGCAGCUACGUGCAGGUGUCGGGCUCCAAGAUAUGGCAGAUGGAGCGGUCCUGUAUGUGCUGUCAGGAGAGCGGCGAGCGGGAGGCGAGCGUGUCUCUCUUCUGCCCCAAGGCGAGGAACGGCGAGCGCAAGUUCCGCAAGGUGACGACGAAGGCACCCCUCGAGUGCAUGUGCCGACCCUGCACGAGCGUCGAAGAGAGCGCGGUCAUCCCACAGGAGAUCGCUGGCUAUUCCGACAUCAGCCCUCUGAACGAUCACUUUGCCAAACCACAGUAGCCGACAUUUAUUCCUGUUUUAUAUGUCAGUUUGUAAAAAACUUAUCUUUUUAAAAUUGUAAAUAAAGUUACUUUAAAAAAAACAAUGCUUUCUGUGUUAAUUAAUAUUUUAAAUAAUA